AACCCUCAGGGAUCAAGGGUGACCCCAGUGUUUGCAACUCAAUUGCCAGGGCUAAACACUUUGGGCAUCUCAAUGGUUCGGAUUGACUACGCACCAUGGGGACUCAAUCCUCCUCACACGCACCCACGUGCCACCGAGAUCCUUACAGUUCUUGAGGGCUCCCUACAAGUCGGAUUUGUCACUUCUAAUCCCGAAAAUCGUUUCAUCACAAAGGUACUGCAAAAGGGUGAUGUUUUCGUGUUCCCAGUUGGACUAGUUCAUUUCCAACGCAACAUUGGUAAUGGAUAUGCAGUUGUUAUUGCUGCAUUGAGCAGUCAAAAUCCAGGUGCCAUAACGAUGGCCAAUUCGGUUUUUGGUGCAAAUCCUCCUAUUCCAAGUGAUAUUUUAGCCAAGGCAUUCCAAGUCGAUAUGAGUGUGGUGGAUCAGCUACAAGCAAAGUUCUAGAGUUGCAAAAAUUCCAAUGGCAUAAAGUUUAUAAUUAGCUUUCGUGUGAUUGUUUGGUUGCUUUCAUUCUAAAUUAUUUGUGUGCACUUCCUUUUGAAGUUAGAUUUCCCUUUCGCAGAGAAGAAUAUGUAGUUUGAUUGGUUUUAUUCAUUGGA